CAUGUGGUCUGUGGAGAGGUUCUAAUUAACGAAACUCCAAUUAAUAUCAUUAAACAAUUAAUGCAUCCCCCUUCCGUGCCAUGCAUGGGUCACUCGAGUUGCUUAUUCACUUUCACGUAGCUUAAUCAUUCCAUGAAAGGUUACUACGUUUUUUUUUUUUUUUUUUUCUCUUUUAUUUCCCGUAUACAGCAAAUUGAAUUGAUGUGCCUCCAGUCUCCAUAAAUAGGGAAGACCGGAUCAUCCGGAGAUAUGGAAAUUGACAGCAAAACACACACACAACAGAUAAAGAGAGAGAAGGAGAGAUGGGUGUGAAGGUUGCCAUAGGAGAAAAAAUGUUGCCAUGCAUAGCCAUGAUCAUAAUUGAAGCUUGCACCAUUUUCUUGACAAUUAUGGCGAGUACCACCAUGUCGAAGCUAGGGAUGAGUUCUUUUGUAUUCGUGGUUUAUACAAAUGCUCUUAGCUUUAUCCUUCUCAUUCCAUACUCCUUCCUUUUCCACAUAAAAGACAAGACGGAGGAACCAUUAUUCACGUUUUCCCUUCUUUCGCGUGCCUUCUUCCUUGGUUUAGUAGGGGUAACAAUAGCUCAGAACCUUGCAUUUGCGGGACUAAGUUAUAGUUCUCCAAUAGUAGCAUGUGGUGCAGCCAACAUGAUACCAGCCUUUUCUUUCAUUAUUGCCAAUAUCCUCAGGAGAAUAAAAAUCAACCGGAAGAGCCAAGGAAGUAUAGUAAGAGUGGUUGGGACCUUAAUAUCAAUAGUUGGGAUAUUAACAAUGACUUUAUAUAAAGGUCCAGUGGUCAAACAAUAUUCUCCAUCUUUCCUUCAUCUUGCCACGUCACCGAAGCUCCUUGUCUUCACUGCAACAAAUGAGAAUUGGGUUCUUGGUUGCUUCUUGUUUUCAUCUGCUUCCUUUGUUCUUGUCAUAUGGAACAUCAUCCAGGCGGGAACUAGCAAGCAGCACCCACAUGUGAUGAAAAUAACUUGUCUUUAUACCUUAUUUGGAACCAUCCAAUCUGCACUACUUGCUCUAUUUAUGGAAAAAGAUCUUAGCGUUUGGAGACUUAAGCUUGACUUUGAACUGCUUGUCAUUGUUUUAACCGCAAUUUUCGGUAGUUUAAUACGUAGCAGCGUCCAGAUGUGGUGCACACGUUUGAAAGGGCCUUCGUAUACUCUCUUUUUCAAGCCUGUGGGAGUUCCAGUUGCCAGCGCUUGUGGUUGUGUACUCUUUGCUGCUACUUUCCACUAUGGAAGCAUGUUGAGUGCAUGCAUAUGUGGACUUGGUUAUUACACUACGCUAUGGGGACAACUCAAAGAAGACGACACAAAGAAAGACAUGAAAAGCAACGUGUCUGUUUCUGAUGAAAAAGUCCCUCUUCUGCAAGAAAAACAAGAAGAAGGAGAUUCACAGGUCUAGGAUAUUAAGAAAAACGAUCAAUCAACUGUAAAUAUGUAUUGGAGGGUGUGUUUUUCAAAACCCUACAUUGCAAGUUGCAUUGAAGUUUUAAAAAUUACUCCUAGAAGCAUCCGGUUACAGAAUAAUGUAAG